UAUCGCCUGGAUAGGGAGGGCAAAGUAUUUUUACAACAAACAUCAGAUAAAGAUUACUACGAGAAUUGUUUAACUUUAAACAAGAAUAGGAUUUUUCUUUUGUUUAGACAUGGCUGUACCAGGGAAAAAGAUGCCCAAAACAUUUUCAUCAUCAUCAACAAUGGGGUCUGAUGAGGACCUUAAAGUGUAUUGCCAGCCAUGCGACUUUGACGGUCCUCGACUCCCUGCCCAUGGCUAUUGUGUUGACUGCAAGGAGCAUCUGUGCGAGACCUGCUUUAGAGUUCACAAGAGACAUACCCUUUCAAGGCAUCAUACACUUCUAGAUAAAUACAGCAUGCCACAAAGCAUUUCUUCAGUCUCUGUUCAUCCAACGCAGCCUGACAACUUUACCAAAUCCUGCCCUAAACACACGAAAGAAAUCAUCAAGUUCUACUGUCAGAACCACAAAGCACUACUAUGUAGUGUAUGUGUUACACUUGAACACACAGGUACAUCUUGCAAAGUAAACUACAUCCCUGAUAUUUCUGGCCAAGUAAUAAACAGUAAAGAACAUCAAGAUAUCUUGAAAGCAAUGGAUAACAUUACUGAGCAAUGUCGCAAGAAAUCAGAAGAUGUGAAGAAAAUUACUGCAAAGUCCAACAGUUCUUUGACAGAUGUAUUGGCUGAUAUAAAGAAGUUUCGGACAGAAAUAAACCAAAGACUAGAUGAACUAGAAAGACAAGCAGAAGAUGCAGCAAAGACAAUCCAAAAAGAAAAUAACACGAACUUGAAGACAGUAGAAACAACUUGCGAUGAUGUAACAAAGUCUCUGAAGACAUCAUCUGACACCAUUAAACAUCUCAACACAACCAAACAAGCAGAUAAACUUUUCAUGGAGCUAAAAUUAGCUAAGCAAAUGAUUACAGAUCAUGAGAAAAGUGUCCACCACCUAGCAGCGUAUGAUGUCAAGGAGUACAACUUUAAAGAAAAUAAAGCAAUAUUAACCCUUCUUGACAAGGAGAGUUCACUGGGUACAUUCGCAGAGAAAUCAUUAAAACAACCGAGUCCUCCUCCACAUGUUGAUAUAAAAUCCAGACAAACUUCACAUCAGGGUAAAAUCUGUGUCAAAAUAUCAAAAGAUAAAAACAGAUGCUGGAUAAGAGGAAUGUUUCUGCUUAAUCCUGAUCUACUUAUCAUCACUGACUGGAGUAACACGGCUGUAAAAAUGGUGGAUACCAGCAGUCAAUCUGUUACUGAUCAAUUACAGCUAGGUACUAGGCCACAAGAUGUCAUCUCAGUUACCAGUACAGAGCUUGCUGUCACACUUCCUGACUAUCACAAUAUUCAGUUAAUAUCAGCCUCCUCAAACAAACUCAAGAAGAAACAAACUCUGAAGGUUGAUGGACCUUGUUAUGGUAUAAGUUACUGUCAGGGGAAACUUUUUGUGUCAUUUACUAAUCCUGCAAAACUCCAAAUUCUUGAUACCAAUGGUACUGUACUGACAACAGUCGAGGGAGAAACUAUUUUCAACAGUCCACUAUAUGUUACCACUAACACUAAUUCUAUCUAUGUAUCUGACUGGAUGAUGAAAACAAUUACAAGGUUAAACUGGCAAGGUGAGGUGAUUGGUAGUUAUGGUGGUAUGAUUUCGCCCUUUGGUAUAACACUGUCAGAUGAUGGUACUGUUUUUGUGUGUGAUCCUGGCAGAAAUGUUAUAGAAGAGAUAGCAGGUGACUGUUCUACAGGAAAGGUUGUGUUGAAGGACCUCAAUGGUCCCAGUGCUGUCUGUUGGUGUGCUGAAACAUGUAAACUCUACUUCAGCUGUGAUACAUGCCAGGACAAACAUGACAACUUUCUUCAGGUCUUCAAGCUCUCAUAACCAGAACAAAACUUAUCAGCAGUUGAAUCAAUGUAUACUGUGAAAUCAUUUAUAGUCAUAGAGGACUAAUUUCUGUUGAUUUUGUGACUGUGUCAAUGAAUGACAAACUAAUAAUAUUCCUACAAUUCUAUCUUUAAAUGGACAUGCCUGCAAAUAAUCAUCAGAUUCUUUAAAAAUAGACAGCAGUUGGUAUUAAUUAUCUAAAUUGAUACACUAGGACUGUUUAAAUAGAUUUUUAAUGUGUACGGUUCAAGGUACAGCAAAAUUUCUUCUAUUUUACGUAAGUGUGACACAACAUUGUUGAGACUUUUCUACAUGUUUUUUUUUCUUACUAAAAGAGUGUUUACUUAACAGAAUUUGCGUGUUAUCUACAAUAUUUUCAGUCACUAUUGUAAAAGUACUACUCGCACAGGAUAAUUUA